GGUGGAGGAGGUCAGGCGGCGCCCGGGCGUCUGGAUUUGCAGGCCGGAAGGGCAGAAGCUCGGACGCCUGGGUCCCGCCGCGCCUGUCGCCCGAGCCUCUGCCCCGCCGCGGGCCUCGGAGCGGCCUUUCUGGCCCUGGCCAAGAUGUCUGCCUCCUUGGACCUGAAGUCGAAGGAAGAGAAGGACGCGGAACUGGACAAGCGGAUCGAGGCCCUGCGGCGCAAGAAUCGGGCCCUCAUCAAGCGUUACCAGGAGAUCGAAGAAGACCGCAAGAAGGCUGAGCAGGAGGGCAUUGCUGUGACUGGAGCCCGGAGGCCCCGGUCUGCAGAGGGGGACGUGCCGGAGAGGAGGCGAGGGGAGCUGGACACCCCCAGCCUCACAGUGCGGGUCUUGGUUUCCCCAGAGGAAAAGCGUGUGGUCAGCAGUGAGAGGAAGCCCCCCGCCCCCACCCGGACCUUGCGCAGCAGCCCCAAUGCCCGUGGGGGGCCGUAUCCAGGCAGCCGCUCUGCGCAAGCCAAGAACCUCUCUGAGCAGCCCAGCUGGGAAGAGGCUGGCCCACAUGGCCCUGGGGAGGGCAAGCGGGGCCGCGGAGGACGCAGCCAGAGGCCCCGGGGCCGAGGGGGGCCUGCAGGAGAUGCAGGGCCUGACAGGAGAUCUAAGGAGUGGGAGGAACGUCGCCGGCAGAACAUCGAGAAGAUGAACGAGGAGAUGGAGAAGAUUGCUGAGUACGAGCGCAGCCAGCGUCAGGACGGGCUCCAAGAGAAGAAUCCAGUGCGCAACUUCCUGGACGACCCACGGCGCAGUGGCUCCUUUGCUGAGUCGGACCGGCGGGAGGGGAGCCGGCGCCACAUUCGCAACUGGGGAGGACCGGACUUCGAUAAGGUCAAGACGGGCAUGGAGCAGGGCAAAGAGUGGGCCUUGCCGGGUCGCGGCAGUGCCCGGCGCAGGGGCGCAGCAGUGGCAGCGGCGGCGGCCCUGGACAUGACGCUCUCCAUGACAGGCCGCGAGCGGGCUGAAUACAUCCGCUGGAAGCAAGAGCGAGAACAGAUUGAUCGGGAGCGCCUGGCGCGGCACCGGCAACCCACGGGAGAAUGGCGUCGCGAGUGGGAUGCUGAGAAGAUGGAUGCGGCCUUUAAAGAGGGUGACAAGACUGGAGUCUCCUCAGGCUGCAAGCAAGAUGAGUCCAAGCGGCCCCCCAAACGCCCCACUUUUGGAGAGUUCCUGUCGGAGCAGCAGGCCGAUCGGCGCAGGAAGGGCAAAGGCCGUGGGCGCCCACGAGCCAGCGGCCCCUCCAAGCCCUACAGCAUGCAUGACAAUCGCUGGGAGAAGGAGGAGGCAGUGGUGGCAGAUCCAGCCCCGGCACCUGCGCAGGAGAAGUCGGAUGUUGCCGCCAUGGAGCAGGUGGCGCCACCUGCCUCCCCCCACAUAGUAGCUGAAGAGGAGGAGGAAGAGGAGGACCAAUGGGAAGAUGUCAGUGGGGGGGAGGAGGAGGAGGAGGAAGAAGAAGAAGAAGAGGAAGAGGAAGAAGAAGAAGCUGAAGGCAGCGACAGUCGUGGGGGCUCUUCUGCCGAGGGGCCGGGCCAGAAUGGGCACCUGUCCCUGGCCAUGCCUCCCCCCCCAGCGGAGAUGCCAAGCCCAGAGGGGAACGCCCUGACCCCUUUCUCGCCAGCUGAAGGAUACCAGCCGGUUUCUGACUGGGGAGAGGCGAUGGAGCUGAGCUCCCCCCGGGCAGACGCCGCCCAGGCCCCUUUUGCUAUGCCCCCCCGGGAGGAGCCUUCUGCCAGAGCUGGGAGGAGCCCUGCAAACUCUCUGGCCCAGCAGGGCCCCCCCUCAUCUCCCGUGGUGGAAGGAGAGGCGCCCACUGACCCCAGAGCCUCGCAGCCUGAGAUGGUCAAGGGGCUGGAAGGGCCGAAGCCCGAACAGGAGGACCUGCAAGAGCCUGGAGAGCAAGGAGCUGCGCUGGAGCCGGCCUCGGGAGCUGCGCCCUGCACGGAACACCGGGAGGCCUGAAGCAGAGGAGGCCAUCUCCAGGCAGCCUUCUCCUCACCUGAGGGGAGGGGAGCAUCUUUCUCUUGGGAGCGGCUGGACACAGUUGUGACACCCACACCCACGUCUGCAGCCGUUCCCUUGUGCACGGCCUGCACAGUUGGGUAGACCUCUGCUCCCCCAUCACGACUGGCAAUCCAGAGCCUGCGUUGCCACUCUUGAGUGCUGUGAACGCUCCAUUCAUGCGCAGCUGGGCACUGUGGGCCCUACAUCCUCCUGCUGUGUGUGUGGGGGGGGGGGGGCUUGUGCAUCUGGGGAUGGGGCUCUGCUUGGUCCGCCUCCAGCCCCCACCCCACUCUCUCUCUGGUCUGUUAUCUCGCUUCCCAUCCUUCCUUCUGUGUAUCAUUUCCUGGGCAUUUCCAGGAUAAGGGAAUAUGGCCCCUCCCGUGAGUGAAAGGGGGUCAAGCUCAUUGCCUCUUCCCCACCUGCUGCUUUUGUGUGUGUGGGGGUGGGGUUGUGUCUGUGUCUGCUCCAUACCAUGCACAAAAGAAAGGGUUUCUUACAAUAAAGCCUUUACACCAUCA